GGGGUCAGCGGGUAACGUUGUCCAAGAGGACUAUCCCUCUUAUUAAACGCUUGGCUCACUGUCUGAGACGCUCAAUCUAUCGUCGACUGAGUUUCAACUAAAGCCGUGCGUUACUACCAAAACGAGCAACAGAUAGGCACAUAGCAAGAGGGGAGGGAUAGCUCCAAAGCUAUUUAAGUUCAUUGCAACUGUGCUAGUGAACUUCUUGAAGGAAUUGCUAUGCUUGCACUUUUAUACCGUUAACAUUACGUGGGAGAAACCUAGACCCACUCGUUGAAUGCGUUCUCAGCAUAAACUGCAGUUAAAUCACUGUUUCUUUUCAGUACUUUUUUUGGGAAAGGGGGGUGCGAUUCCUCUAAAUGAGAAAGGAGCGUGGAAGCGGAUUGUUUUUCUUGGAUCAGCUUUUUGUUUGAAGGGAAGCAGAAACGGCAGCCGCGUUGCCACUCGCAUUGCAGAGAUGAUACAUUUUUGUCGUUUUUCGUUCCCUGUAUUAUGCCGGAGAAAUUUGCAGUGGAUUGUGUUACUGGUGUGCCUCUCGCCAGUAGCACUAGGGACUUGGGGGGCUGGUUUGUACAAGUACCCGAGCGGGGUUCAGCACGGGAUAGAGCACACCGCAGCUUCAUCUAGCAAUGGGAAUCCCAGGAGGAAUUGGUGCCCGUACUCCAUUACCAAGACAGUCAGCUGUCAGGUCCAGAAUGGCACUACCCUGCAGAGAGUCUACCAGAGCUGUCGCUGGCCUCAGGGCUGUACCGGGAGGAGUUACCGCACGGUGCUGAGGCCCUCCUAUAAGGUGGCGUUCCGGACAGUGUCGGCGAUGGAGUGGAAGUGUUGCCCUGGUUACAGGGGUGCGCACUGCGAGGCAGAAUCAGUGAAUCAUCUGGAAGAUGGAGCGAGGCAGCAAGCUCUCCUACGUAGGCCGCUGGCUCGGACUAGAGAAUAUCUAUCAAGCUGUUUGAACUGCAGUCGAAUCACUGAGCUGACUAAUAAACUGAACUCGCUGGAAGACAAGGUCCUGUUUCUCUCCACCGCCCCCGCCACCCCCCAUGGAAACCUGCUGGGGGCGCUACCUGCGCAGGGAGUCCCUGGGAUCCAGGGGCCAACAGGUCCUCAGGGAGAAAAAGGCCAGGAAGGACGUCUUGGGAGAGAUGGGCUUCCAGGUUCCAGAGGGCCACCGGGCCACAGCGGCCCCAAAGGAGAGACAGGGUUGCGGGGGCCCAUAGGGGCUCCGGGGUCAAGAGGGAUGAGUGGACCAGCAGGGCCUGAAGGACCCACCGGACCCCAAGGUCUCAAGGGAGAGAGGGGUCAACCCGGGCCCCCCGGACCCCCAGGACCCCCAGGACCAGCCAGCGCCACGAUCCCAGAGUUGGGCUACCAUCGCAACCACGGUGAGACCGAAGACCCCCUGCUGUCUAACACCUUCCUCAAUUCUCGAGGGGCUGACGUCCGAGGACCAGAGGGACCGCCCGGAGCGCAGGGACCCACAGGACCUGCUGGCCCCCAGGGACCCAUGGGGCCUCCUGGAUCCCCAGGACUGAAUGGGUUACCUGGAUCAGCCGGACUCCCGGGACCACAGGGGCCGAAAGGAGAGAAAGGAGAGCGAGGCACCACAGGGUAUGAAGGAGAGAGGGGCUACCAAGGGGAGCCGGGUGUGCAAGGUGAAAAGGGAGAACCAGGAGAGAAGGGUCUACCGGCCUUUAGCUUGCAGAUGUUCCAAGACUUGCAGGCUGAUCUUGAGCUUCUGGCUCGGAGGGUGACGUUACUGGAAGCCAUCAUCUGGCCAGAACCAGACAUUGGCUCAGGAUCCGACCCGUUCGGUACCCCACCUCUAGGUUACAACCGCGAGAAGAGAGCCGGGAUGUCAGCCUACCGGAUCCUCUCGCACCGGCUCGCACGGGGGGGCACCGAGGACGAAAACUGAUUCCUCGGACCUAGAGAGAGAAAGACCAGCCCUACUGUGUACAUGAGCAACCUCAGCCACCGACCCCAACCCUGUCACAGGACACUCCCACCUCCAGAGGACAUUAGCAGGGAGACCAGCUCGCUUCUCACCUCUCCAGUGGGCUGCUAACAGGACAUCCUGGGGAAACUUAGCAUUCAAAUUACAUUUAGCAAUUGAAUCCAGUUGAACCGAUGGGGAGGCACAAGGAACCCUGCAACUCCCUUACCCCACCCUUAUUGGGAUUGAUUUUGAGCAGCAUUCCCCUCCACCCACAUUCACAAGCCCUUAAGUGCUCUGCAUCUAUAAAUAUAGACAGGUAUCACAUUUCCAGGGCACCCACCACUAUUUCACCAGUUAAAUCAUGCACCUGGAAUUUGAGCUAUACCCACUGAAAUGCAUCUUGGGUCCCAUAACCAAAAAUGAAAUACCGCGUAUGAUUAAUAGGAAUGCCAAUAUUCACUCUCUCGCUCUCAUGGUAUUUAAUCCCCACUUGGCUGCACUGCCCUCCCCAGUACAUUGAAGUAUGAGAGAAAGCAGUUCUUCUGCAUUGGGUCUCGCCACUUUUAGGAAAACCUCAUGUAGUUCUAGUAAACCGGGGAAAAGUCCUACAGGAGUUACAGCCAAGGCUUUAAAAUCAAUUUUCUUCAUUCUUUUUAGCGUCAGCCUUGUCCCCUAAUCUUUUGGUUCUUUGCUUUUUUUUCAGGAUAUACCAGAAACACUGUCCAAUAUAUACUUUUGUUUUACAGUACCUUGAUGUGCAGUGUACACUGUGUGAUCUGAGCUAGACCAGGGCUCUCAAGCUAGGAGUCGCAGAAAGGUUUCAUGCAGACCAACCCUAUAUAUCUGCUCAGUCAACUGCAGUGAAUAUUGAGCAUAGAGAAGUGUAUUGAAAGUCCUUUAGAUUAUAGGUGUGUUUGUAUGAUAUUGUAAUCUGGGAAAAUUGGUGCGAAACACAGGAAAUGAUUAGGUUCAAAGAAGCUGCUUUAAAUUCUUUAACUGUAUGUGAUUUAUCUGAAGAUAACCAACAGAUCUUCAAUAUAAGGGGGACCAGUGAUAAUGCUAGAGAUACAAAAAUGAACUAUGGUUAGUACUUCCUGAAGUCCAGUAGAGGGCGUUCCACCCAGCAGCAUUCAAAGACAGGGAUAGCAAACAUUUUGUAAUGUCAAUAAAUUGUGUAAUUUGUAAUUUUACAAAGGUUCUAAAAUAUGCUUGAUUUUUUUUCUUUUAAAUAAAUAUUGUCUCGUGUACUAUUUAAAAAAAUAACAGCAAAUUUUUUUUGGAAAUGUUAACCAUUUUGUAGUAUUUUUCUUCCUUAUCUUUUCUUUUCAUUUUACUUGUACACUGUGUAAUCAGUAUUUUGUUUUUCCUGAAAAUCAUUUGCAAAAGUGUUUGUAACGAUGUACUGUAAGUCUUUCAGAUGUUUUUAAAUUCUAACCUGUGUCGUGAUUUACAAGAGAGAAACUAAUUAAAUAACUUUUUUUAUACGACCAAAGAUCUCUUUAGUUUUCAAAAGUUGUUUUGAUUGCACUAGUAGAAGAUGGAAAGUUACGUUUGAGUAUUUUGAGAUUCUUCUGUACUGUACCAAAGAUUUAGGGUAUUGCCAGUUUUCAGUGCAAUUCAAAUGAUGUUUCUGAACAGCUCUAAUCACAUAAUAUAAAAAACAGUAUUUUAAUAUCGCUGGAUACUGCAAUUUAGCCAUUUUCACAUUACAUCUUUACAUCGAGGUCUCACAUGUUUAUAUGGUUGGUUCCUUUAUUCUAAUUUGGCUGUUUUUCUACAUGUCAAAUGUUUUGGACACAGUGUAUGUAUCAUAAACUUUUUCAUAGUUUUCCAUUUUGUCCAAUUUAUUGACUGUACUGUAAAGUUUUGCUUGUCUGUAAAAUGCAGUAAGCCACUAGUUUUGAGGGGAAAUAUGUUACCAAUUACCUCCAUUCAUGUUUUUAAAUGCAAUAGACAUGUACAUAACCCAGGAUAGGUCAGCCAAAGUGUCUACUGAAUAAGCCAGUACCAUCUAUUAAAUGGGUUAAGGCUCGUUUUGUUGGCUUUUUUUUUUGUAUUACUGGCAAUACACAGCUUUGCACUGAUAUUAUUUGUUGGGAACAUCUAUAAAUUGAUGUAAAUGUC